GACCGCGGCGAGGGAUGGUCGCCACGCUCGUCCCCUGGCUAUAUAUGAGAGGGAGUUGGAUGGUGAUUGACGGCGACCAUUCUCGCUGAAUUCGAACUUGCUGCGAGUACCGGGAAGGAUGCUGGCUGUACGCGUGCUCUUGGCGGCCUUGGUUGCGACCGUUCAGUUUGCGCGGGUGCUUGCAUGGGCGAACGACUGGGAGGCCGGAAAUAAUUGCACUAUUCAGCCAUUGGGAGAGGGCCUGGACGACACGGACCAGAUUGAGGGUGCUAUCGCGCGGUGCGGUCAUUAUGGCACGACGGUCAUCUCAGAGGGUGUCUACAACGUGACGAGGAAGAUGAUGUGGGACCUGGUGGAGUCUCGAGUUGACCUGCACGGCUACUUGAACUUCACGGCAAACCUGCCGUACUGGAUGAACCCCGAAAACACGUACCGCGUCGUGUACAUCCAGGACCAAGCCUCCUGGUUCGUCGUGACCGGCCGUGACUUCACCAUCGACGCGCACAACUCGGGCGGGAUCAUCGGGAACGGGCAGUACUGGUGGAACUGGUACGGCACCACCAGCCGGCUCGACGGCGACGGGCGGCCGAUCGCCUUCACCCUCUGGCGCGUCCUGCGGGGCGUCGUCAAAGAUUUCCGGAUCGAGGGCCAGCCGUUCUGGUGCAACACGGUCGCGGAGUCGCAGGACGUGGUGUACGACGGGAUGUAUUGCAACGCGACGAAUACGAAUCCGGAGUACUAUGGGCAUAACGUCGUCCCGAACACGGAUGGGAUCGAUACGUUCCGAGCGGACAAUGUGACCAUGCUGAACUGGGACAUUACGUUAGGAGACGACUGUCUCGCAAUCAAAGGGAACUCCACCAACAUCUACGCUCAAAACAUCACCUGUCGUGGUGGCAAUGGAAUCGCUUUUGGCUCCCUUGGUCAAUAUGCAAACCUUUUCGACCAUGUCGAGAACGUGACGCUGGAGGAUAUUCGUCUGCUGCACAUCGAUCCUGAGAUCCAGCCUAACAUGGGCAGUGCGGUCUACUUCAAGUCUUGGUCCGGUACUGCGAUCGGCCACCCUCCCGACAAUGGUGGUGGAGGGUCAGGUCUUGUCACGAAUGUGACUGUCCGCAACGCCGAGCUGUACAACGUGUCACUGCCCAUUCACGUCUACCAGACGAACGGAGCUCACCCAGGUGACUCACUCUCGACGCUGCAGUUCGCUGACCUCAGCUUCUAUAACUUCACGGGUACAUCGUCGGGAUCCACAAUCGUCAAUCUUGCAUGCAGCCCCGCCGCGCCAUGUCCGGGCAUGGUGUUUGAGGACAUCAAUAUCACGGUGACCAACGGAGCAGAGCCCCAUUAUGUCUGCUCAAAUGUUGUCAGCCAACAAGGACUAUCCAAUUGCAGCACCACUACGCCGUGAUACGCAAUUAUCAUAGUUGAUUUCCAGGUGAAUUAGAACGUGUCCUGAGUUUAGGCUUAUGUCUCUGCGUGCAGCAUUAGUUCAGCAUUCGAGUACGAGAUAUAUAUUGGACUCGUACUUACUUCGACCCUGGUGCUUGUUAAUCC